AUCUAGCAACGUCAUUAUGGGGCCGCCCCGGACAGUGCUGGCUGACAGGACGUGAGCGCGGGCGGAGGAAUAGAGAUGUCUCCUGUGUACUCUGCCUCGGAGCUUUUAUCAUGGCCACAACAAGUGCCCCGGAGGGCUGUACGUAGUGCCGAGAAUUACCCCAUGGCAAGUUCAGGGCCUGAUAUCAUCAAAGCUGAGGCCAAUACUUCUCAUCCGGAAUAUGUUGCUUUUAUCCUGGUUCCUGUUUUCUUCGUCAUGGGUCUUUUGGGUGUUCUUAUCUGCCAUGUCCUUAAGAAAAAAGGAUACCGCUGUACUACUGAGGCAGAGCCUGUCGAAGAAGAGAAAGUAGAAAAGAUUGAAAUGCGUGAAAGCGUGGGAGAUACAAAUAAUGACACAGUUGGGCAAAUUGUUAGUUACAUUAUGAAAAAUCAAGCAAAUGCAGAUAUUUUGAAAGCCAUGGUAGCUGACAAUUCAGUGGUUGCUGAUACCAGUGUGUUUGACCCAGAAAGCCCCACUACACCAAAUAGCCCAUUGACUCCGACUUCACCAAAUAGCCCAUUGUCUCCAACUUCACCAAAUUCUCCUAUGAGCCCUGAUAGCCCGAGCACUCCUACAUCACCAAAUGCUACACCAUCCAAACACUCCUGUCGUGGGCAUCAUCUGCACACUGUUGGGGGAGUGGCAGAAAAGAAUGCAUGCACAAGAUGCUCCAACAAGAGGUGGCACUUGAUAAAGUCACCACAAAAACACACAAGGAAACCACGGCAAGGAGCUGUAACAGUGCUGUCAGUGGGGAGGUUUAGAGUUACAAAAGUGGAAACAAAAUCUAAAGAACGAAAACGUUUAAUGUCUGGUGGGACAGAACAUCCAAAUGGGGAAGUAACUGCUAUGUCAGAUAUCAGGCACAGAAGUGGCACUGAAUCAGAGGACCCAGCCACUGUGCAAACCUGAGGUUUUCAAUCAAUCUCACAGAGUGGACGUCAAGAAGAUAAGGAAAGCACAUUUUAUAUUGGCAAAGCUCUGGUGUUCUGGAUUGAAAGGGAUUUGUCUGAAGAAAAAAUCUUCUGUUUUAGUAAAUUGUCAAUGCCAAAAAAAUGAACUGGUAUUAGUCUGUAAUGAAGUGCAUUUCCAUUAUGUAAUAUUUUACUAAGGGUUUCCAAUGAUAAAUAUUUUUUGUAAAUGUUUUAAAAAUGUAUUUAUAUUUAAACAGAGGCACAACACUAGCAAUAUAUGAACUUAAACGUUUGUAAGGGGGGGGGGGGCAUUUAUACUCCUUUACUAAUAUAUUGUAUAUUUUGAGCUUAUUUUGAUUAGCCCUUUAAUGUUAUAACAAGAAGUUAUGACUUUUCUAUAAUUAAAGUAAUUGUAAAAUAGCUUUUGGCAAUAAUGUUUUGCAUAGUUUAGAAUAUCUGCCAUUACUUUUGUAAAUAAAGCUUUUUUUAUAACUUUAUAUAUGAAACAUGUAGGAAAUGUAAACGCAGUAUAAAGAAGUUUUGUCAUCCAUGUGUUGCUUUUGCAGUGCAAUAACCGAGAGAGAAAAUGAGCGCAAUGAAAAGCAACAAUCUGUGCAGAUUGUUUAUGAACAUUUUUAGUAUUUUUCUUUCUUGUUUACAUUUGUAUAUAUGUUUCCUAUUAAAAUUGUAUGUACAGAUGG